AAUCAAUUCCCAUUCCCAUUGUCGAAAACUGUCAAAAGAGUACGUGCUUGCAUGCUAACCUGUAACAUAAUUUCUAAACCGCGUGUGAGUGCUAAGAAUCUGGAAGUUAGAUAGUGUAAAGAAUAGAAAAGCUUCAUUUACAAUGGUAAAAGUGCGGUCAGCCCCGGGGGCACCCCGGAAACAGGGGUUCAACAAAUCCGGGCACUCUAUGAAUCCGGAUCGUCCGACUGAAGGAUUGAAAGGUGUAGGGAACCCCAGAACUAAAGGAACCAUCAAAAGGUUGCAGAUGUACCGCAAUUUUAAGGCGAAAAGAGAUAAAACUGGAAAAAUAUUGACUCCUGCGCCUUUCCAAGGUUGGUUGCCCUCUGGUACCACGGCUCGCGUGGAACCUAAUCAAAAAUGGUUUGGUAACUCUAGAGUCAUAUCACAAAAUGCAUUGCAGAAAUUCCAGGAGGAAUUUGGAGCUGCUGUGAAAAAUCCUUAUCAAGUUGUUAUGAAACCCACAAACUUGCCAAUCACAUUACUCAAUGAAAAGGCCAAGAAUGCUAGAGUUCAUCUUCUAGAUACAGAGGGCUUUGAUAAAACUUUUGGACCUAAAAAACAAAGGAAAAGAGUCAACCUUAAGUUUGGUGAUUUACAUUCACUGUCAAAAGCCGUUGAAGAAAGUUCUGAAAAAUAUGAUGAAACUAAAGACGUGGACCGAGUUAAGGAGGAUGAUGGUGUCAGGGAAGGGCAAAGAGACUGGGUAUUUGGUGCUGGAAUGAGUAAGAGAAUAUGGAAUGAACUAUAUAAAGUUGUAGAUUCAUCUGAUGUUCUGCUGCAAGUGCUUGAUGCUCGUGACCCUAUGGGCACUAGGUGUCCUUACGUAGAAAAAUACCUCAGAGAAGAAAAGCCUCAUAAGCAUUUAAUUUUUAUCUUAAACAAAGUUGACUUGGUUCCAAACUGGGUAACCCAGCGUUGGGUUGCUAUACUAAGUGCCGAGUAUCCUACUGUAGCUUUCCAUGCUUCUUUAACUCAUCCAUUUGGUAAAGGCUCACUUAUUAAUUUGCUGCGUCAGUUUGCAAAAUUACAUAUUGACAAGAAACAGAUCAGUGUUGGAUUGAUUGGUUAUCCUAAUGUUGGCAAAUCAUCAGUAAUCAACACAUUGAGAUCUAAAAAAGUGUGCAAAGUUGCCCCUAUAGCUGGUGAAACUAAAGUCUGGCAGUACAUCACCUUAAUGAGAAGGAUAUUCCUUAUAGAUUGCCCAGGAAUUGUUUAUCCUUCUGCUGAAACUGAUACAGAAAAGGUUCUUAAAGGUGUAGUAAGAGUUGAGUUGGUACAGAAUCCAGAGGACUAUAUAGAGGAAGUUAUCAAGAGGGUCCGCAAGGAUUAUAUGAUCAAAACAUACAAAGUUGAUGACUGGGAUACAUCAACUGAAUUUUUAGAGAAGUUGGCAGCUAGAACUGGCAAAUUAUUGAAAAAAGGAGAGCCUGAUGUCAACCAGGUGGCAAGGAUGGUUCUUAAUGAUUGGCAGAGAGGUAAGCUGCCAUUUUAUGUAGCUCCAGAAGGCUUUGAAGUGCCACUCUCAAAACACAAAGAAGUUGAAUCAAGUAUACCUGAAGCAAAAUCUGACGAUAAUAAAAUACAGGAAGAGGCUUUACAAGAAGUUACAGAACCAGAAGCUGAGGCAGAUAUAAAAGACAAACCAGUACUUACUGUGAAUAAACUUGUAAUAGCACAAGACUUUGCAAAAAUUCGAGUAGGUCUACAGUUUGACAAUGAAGAUGAUGUUAAACCCCUUGAAAAGAUUGAUAUUCCAGAAGAACUAAAGAACAUAGAUGAUGGAAAUGAGUCAGAUAAAGAUUCAGAAACUGGAGAACAAGAAAAAGAUGAUGAUGGUGAUUCAUCAGACAUAAGUGAAUUUUAUAGUGAUGUGAAUGAAAAUGAAUGUAGUGAUGUUGAAGAUCAUUUGACAAAUGACCCAGAAACUGUUAAGGAAUUAAAAAGAAAGAAGCUUGAAGCAGCCAGUGGAGUAUUCACAGUGGAAGAAGUCCCACAUGGAGGAAAAAGGCGUAAAGGUGAAACUGCUGCUGGUAAAAAAGUCACUGCAAAACAAAGAAGAGCCAUUGAAAGGGCUCAACGUCGGACAAAGACUGGAAGCAACUUUUAUGAAGUAUCUAAUAUGUCGUCAGGCAGCGACAGUGACGAAGAUUUCGUACCAGGAGAGCCUGAACAACUAUCAGAGGAGGAGUCGGCAGAUGACGAAACCGAUUUACAAUAUGAAAAAGAACAAGAACACAAGGCAAGGAAACGAAAAGCCGCUGAAGAAGCCACGGACAAAAAGAAACGUAAAACUAAGAGAGGUGUCAAAGAGGUUGAAGAAGUAAAACCACCAGUUGAAGAAAAACCUGUACCUGAAGUGUUAAGUCCUGAAGAAGAAAAGAAGAAAGCAGAUGAUUUGUGGGCGAAGUUUCUAGAAGGAACAGAUACUAAGCCUAAACCUAAAGUAAGUGCCAUAGCUGAAGCACCAAAACCAACAGUUUCAACCAUUAAACCUCAAACUGCUGAUGUUAAACAAAAUAAGGAGGAUGACAAGGCUCGGGAGCGGAGGAUCUUCGAAUUUGCCGGCGAAACAAUAGUUGUUGAAAACAAUAUUAUUAAGGAGAAGAUCAAAGCAGCAGAUACCCCUGCUGCAGUAAAAUUGGGUGGUCCGUCGCGCAGUCGCGGUGGUGGGUUGUCUAACGUGCUGGGCCAGCUCAACCAGAAGAACAAAUUGUCUACCCUAGAGAAGUCUAAGCUAGACUGGGCUACGUACAAACAGGAGGAAGGAAUUGAAGAGGAAAUACAAAGUCACAAUAAAGGAAAACAUGGGUAUUUGGAGCGCCAGGACUUUCUGGAGCGAGCAGAUCUUCGUCAAUACGAGAUCGAGAGGGAGUUGCGUAUGAGUCGACGUAGCAACCGAUAAAUACAACACACGAUGUCAUAGAUGCCAUAGCGUAGCAGUUUCCGAUACUCUUACUAAUGUCCGUCUCUUUAAGAUUAAAUUCAAUUUGCUGCAUUUAAA